CAUCACAUGACUGCUGUCUUGUGACAGAACAGAUAACAGGACAAUUCGUUUGAACUCUUACACAAGCGUUAAAGCUUAUUCCGGGCUCGUUAUGGCGUCUUUUAGCGUGUAAAUAACUAUUAUCUACACUCCGUUCCUCGUGCGCGUGCUUUGAGCAGCGUGGAUCACUCGGGGACAAAGUUGGCGCAUGGAGGAAGAGGAGGGAGAGGAGGAGGAAAAUUAGUUGCAGUUUUCUUCGUCGUGUUUGCUUUUGUUUUGCUCGCGGUUCUAGUCGCUACGUGUCGUGUGACACUUGACCAAACGAUUAGUGAAAGAAUCGAAUAGUUUGAGAUACUAUAUUUAUAUAUAAAACAUAUCCGUGACUAUAUACAUAUAUAUACACAUAUAUAGCAUUGCUUUUUUCUGUAAAGAGCACACAUCAUUCCGUCGGAUAUGGAUAAUAAACCUCUUAUUCAGGACAGACCGCCUGCGUACAACACCGUCCCCGGGGCUUAUAAUUACCAGCAGCCGCAGGCGGGGUACGGAGCGAUCCCUCAGCCUGCUCCUGCACCUGCAGCCUUUCCAGCACCUCCUCCACCAUACACGUUCCCCUCUGCACAAGGUCACCCAGCAGCUCCCGCCCAGGCUGCAGCCACAGGGACUCCGGCAAACUAUCCGAGCACGUAUACCAUCAUUCAGCCCUCGGUGGUGGUGGUAGGAGGAUGUCCAGCCUGCAGGGUGGGUGUGCUGGAGGAGGACUUCACCUGUUUGGGGAUCAUGUGUGCCAUUUUCUUCUUCCCGCUGGGCAUUCUCUUCUGUUUGGCCCUGCGGCAGAGGAGGUGUCCCAACUGCGGAGCCACUUUCGGCUAGACAGACCAAACCACAGCCACGUCUUGCGGCCCAUUUAGCCAUCGCUUGGAUUCUUUUUCUUUUCUUUUUUUUUUUUAAAACCAUGUUUUACAUAUCUAUGUUUAAAAAAAAAAAGUAAAUCAUGCAUACUAUGAUAUCCCAAUUUAUAAUAGCAAGUUGGCAUACGGUUUCUCAGGUACUUUUUCUUUAAAGUAUUAGCCAAUGAGAAAGCAGCUUCACUUUUGUAUUAUGACUUGCAUUAGCAACCUUUUUAGUAUAAGUUUCUUUCUGCCUUUUUAUAAAUUGUGUAAGCCAGACGUCCUGUCAUCGACUCACUGGUGCCUUUAUAACAGCAAAACCGCUGCGAUUUAGAACCGCAGAAGAACGGACAUUAAAGAGAAUGAACGAACAAAAGAAAAGAUGAUCACCAUUUGAAUCCUCUCGAAACCUCUUAAUCACGUCUCAAUCACGAUUACAUACGAUAAGCACUUUUUUUUUCAACGAUUUCUUUCAAUCGGUUUAGAAUUCUUGUCCCGACGAGGACUUCCUGUCCUGUAUUUGUAUGAGACGAGUAUCUGUGCUACCUGGCGCCUUGCUUUUGUGUGGGGUUGGGAAUCAUUGCCACAUCUCAUCAGCCUCAUUCACAGAACAAAAACAUGCACGUCUCCUAAUAAAAACCACAAAUCAGGACUAAAUCAUGAUCCGGCUUCUAGAAGACCAAACCACUUCCUCUCCAUUCUCCACAGCAGGCCUGUUUUUAGUACGUCGAUCAUUACUUCUAUGCCAAACGCCUCCAUUCCCUCUAGCGCCUGCAUUCCCUUUAGCAGCUAGUAACUGAGGAGUUUAGAAACUUGCUCUGAAUGGUUUUCCUGGUUCCUGAAUAGUCUCAGCUGAUACUUGUUUCUAGUUCUUUUUGAAAUCUUAUCGAUGAGCAAAUCUGCAGGUAGAAAACUCUUGAGAAUCUUUUCACACGACCCAGUACGACUAAUACUGUAGAUGCAUACUCAGCUCUGAGACAUUUUCCUACAAAUGAAAGACAAUCAGAACAGACAGUAAGACUGUCCCAUUAAGUUCUAGUUUUGUUUCCUAUUGAUUAAAAAAAAAAAAAAAUGCACUUGCUGCCAUUAUUGACCAUGUAAUUAAACAUCAGGGGAAAUUGCUUUAGACCACUGCAUGUAUAAUCAAUUCAGCCUUUUUAUAUGAAUGAUACUGUAAAUAAAAAUUCUAGAUAUGCAGAAA